UCCAAGAAAGCACCUGGUGCUAACAGUUCAAAAAAUCAGAGAACCGCUCAAUCUUACAAAGAAGAAGAUCACCAAAAGAGAGAGAAAAUUUCUCCAAGACGAGCAUAGAAUUUCAGGGAAAACAAGCUUGAAGCCAUUGAUGGACAGCUUUGGAAAGGGUUUUUCAUCACAACCUCCUGCAUCCCCAAAACUCUCGAUAUCAGGGGAAACUAAAGAGAAUGAUGUAAACCAUGACAAUUUGGGAUCUAAUUUCAAGUCUCAGAACCCCAAGAAACCUGUGACCAAACACUUCAUGUCACCUACGAUUUCUGCAACAUCUAAGGUUACUGUUCCAAGAACAAAAAUUCUGGCUGAGAAAAUUGAAUCCACAACUUCUUGUGAUAAUGCCCAUUACCCAAAAUCUCUGAUCCUUGAAGCAAAAAAUGGCCUCCACUACACAGGUUUGGGUGCCUCUCCUCACUGUGAUCAAACAUCGAGCUGGGCUAAUUCGGCUUGUGUUAAUGCCUCUGUUUUCUAUGAUGGUGAGGUGAAUAAUUGUUUUGCUGAUUCUUCUGUGAGGCCUUAUGACCCUUUGACUAACUAUCUCUCCCCAAGGCCUAAGUUUCUGCGUUACAAACCAAAUAGGAGGCGUGAGAUACUCCAAAGAAGUGGAAUUUUUACUUCCCGGAACCAGAAAAUUGUUGAUGAACAAAAAUCUUCAGAAUGUGAUCAAGAAGAGCUCUUGGAUUCUUCUCCUCAAGAAGGUUCUUCACAGAUAAUGAUGAUUAAGGCAGAGGAUAACCAUCAUGAUGGUCAAGAUGCUGAUGGUGACGAGGAUGAAGAAAGCGAGGAAGAUGAGGUGCCAAAUUGCUGGUGUUUGAAAGGAUUGGCGAAAUUUCUAGUUUUGUUGGUUGUCAUAGGGCUAUCAACUUCUUACAUAUCGUCUAUGAACAAUCCUAGACCUUCACCAGUUGUACAAGCUACUGGAGGUCUUAUGGAAGGGUACCACAGAAUACAGAAACAUCUAUUUGAAGCUGUCUACACAAAUGUGCAUGGUAGUCCAUGGCAAAAUGGAUCAGAGCGAACUUUAGGAUUUACUCUGGAUGAUGAUCAUGAACUUGGAAGAUAUCAGAUAGAUUUAGAUGAUGAGGAGGAAUGGGAUGAAAGCACUGAUGAGAUAAUUGAAAUCCCUGAGCCGCCAACUGGUGAAUUUGAAGAUAUCAGCGAGGAUGAUGAAGGGUGCCACACAAAUGUGCAUGGUAGUCCAUGGCAAAAUGGAUCAGAGCGAACUUUAGGAUUUACUCUGGAUGAUGAUCAUGAACUUGGAAGAUAUCAGAUAGAUUUAGAUGAUGAGGAGGAAUGGGAUGAAAGCACUGAUGAGAUAAUUGAAAUCCCUGAGCCGCCAACUGGUGAAUUUGAAGAUAUCAGCGAGGAUGAUGAAAGAGAUGAGGAAUUGAUUUGCCCAGACUGGAAAAGUGCUGAAAUUAUAAAUGAUAAGGUGAAAGAAACAAAUGAGGCGUCUGAUCAGUUUCCAGUGUUUGAAAAUGCUCAAACUGAUGCAGCAACUGACCAAGAACUGAAUGAAGUAGAGAAGGAUUCUGAAGGGCUGCAGCAGUGUGCAAGUUUGGAGAGAAAGCCUGCUAAUCUAAUUUACAGGGCUGAUCAAUUGGAAAAUGAUUACAAGGCUGAUCAAAUUGAGGGGGCUAAAGCAGGAGAGGAAAUGACAAGGAAUAGACCAGAGAGAAUUGAAGAUGCUACAACUAUUAGGGAUGGUGAAAAUUAUGACAAGGCUGAAGAACUAGACAGAAUUUAUGUCGAAGAGGAAACAAAUGAGACUGAACUGCAGUUAUCUGAAGCUACUACUAGCAGUGUAGGAGAUGAAAUUUUUCUGCCUGCGAAGAUAGAAAUUGAUGAUGACACAGAAGCUCAUGCCCGCAGGUUUGAAAUAGGUGGCAAGUCAAUAAAGGAUCUUAACUUCCUGGACCUUGAACCGAUUGCCAUAGCUAUGAUAAUGUUCUCUAUAUUUUCCAUUUUUUUGGCAUGUCUAGUUUACAGAUAUCGCUUAAGGGCAAUACCAGCUCCUCUGCAUGAUUCUCAGCUUGAAGCGGCUGACAGAAAAGAGAAACUGAUUCAAGCACAAGUUUGUGGUCAAGUUGAGCAUGCGGAAGAGAGAGCUGAGUCUAUUUUGAAACCUUCAUCCGUGACUUUUUCAUUUGAAAAAGCUCACAAGGAAACAUACAUCCAUGCACCAGAUGUCGAGUUGCUUGGAGAGUUUGUGAUUGGAGAAUUCAGCACUGUUAGGCGGAGUUUGGAUCGGAAAGGCAGAACGAUUGAAACUGGAGAGACCAUUUAUUCCAUUUCUCAUGGGCAGUCACGAGCUCAGCCAGUUGCUCGAGCUCAGACACUCAAUGUUUCAAGUACAGGUUCUCCUUCAUAUGGAAGCUUUACAGCUGAAAAGAUCAUGCUCAAGAAGAAAGAGGGAGGCAGAGAGGGAAAUGUGAAGGCAAUAACAACUCCAGUGAGGAGAUCAAGCCGAAUUCGGAACCUUUCAGCCACAUGCCCUUGAAUUUAGUUACAGAUAGAUGCUUUCUAUCUUCUUUUCCCUUAAUGAAACAGCUCUUUGUUGUUUCAGCAGCUAGCCUUCUCUUUAAACAAAUUACAAGGGAAGCUAGCUGUCUUAGGAACUAGUCAUUGCAAAGCAGGCUGUAACUUGUACAACAAUAUUAAUAUAUGCUUCAGUG